CGAAUAGUCACUGGCUUCCAGGUACCGUAAUACUCGUCUGCCUCCCGGAGUUCCACGCAAAAAGAGCAGGCCAUUUUAGGACCUGUGUGUUUUAAUGGCUAUAUUGAUUUGACGAAGCCCUUCAUGAUAAAUGUGUUGUACCCAACACAGCAUGUCAUGAACCAGCUGGCCAGAGGGCAAUAAAUCACUAGGUCUGCCCCUCAUUUCCCUUCUCGGCUGGAGAGCUGAGCUCAUGGGGAAGCAGGCCUGUCACACAGGCCGAACAGGCCGGGACACCAUUGUGAUUAGACGGAGUACCAAUGAAAGGUGCUUUCACAUAAAUCACCAGGCCGAUACACUCAUCAGUUACAGCACAGAACGCUGGGAAAGUGACGUCACCGGUCUCGCAGGGGGCGAGGCGACUUCUCCGAAGUUCCGAACGCUUUCCGGAAACAGCCGAGCGGUGCCGAACGUCCCCAACCAAAAUGGCGGCGACUGUGGUGGUGAUGAUGGCUCGGUGGAAGCAGUGAGUGACCCUGCUUGUCGCCGCCACUGUCCAACAAGGCGUCUGGCUUUGGAUCACGGUUGUAUUGCUUCUGCGCAGCUUUUGGACUGCAACGCAAGCCUUCCAUACCCACGGAAUCUCGGCUUUGCUGUUCGUCCCCUCCCCCUCAGAAACGUCCCCAGGCCUUGCAGCCGCCAGCUCCACAAACACCGGCUGGCGGGGCCGCGAUCAGCACCAUCCAUGCUCAGGACGCGGUCCCUUCACGAACGAUGUGUGAAAUCUGUGCAGAUCUGGUGGAGGUGUUGAAUGAGAUCUCGGACUCUGAAGGCAAUGAUGGAUUACAGCUCAGAAAAGAACAUGCUCUCAAGAUAUUUGCAUACAUCAAUUCUUGGACGCAGAGGCAGUGUCUGUGCUGUUUUAAGGAGUAUAAGCAUUUGGAAAUCUUUAACCAAGUUGUGUGCGCCCUAAUUAAUUUGGUAAUUGGCCAAGUCCAAGCCCUUCGGGACCAGCUUUUAAAAAUUUGCACUACUAGCCCUGAUUCUAACUGGCAGGAUGACCAUAACCCAUCUGAGGAGCUGCUAAAUGUAGAAAAGGAGCCCCAAGAUGAGGAGGGGGAGGAAAGUCACAAGCAGCCAUGCAAUCCCCAGGAAAAGACGCUAGAUAACACAAGAACUUGUAACCUGACUGAAGAAGAAUCAAUAAAAAGCACUGACCUGUUUAACUUAUGGAGUACUGACGAAAAAGAAAAACUGUUGUUGUGUGUGGCAAAAAUCUUUCAAAUUCAGUUUCCUCUCUAUACUGCUUACAAGCAUAACACACACCCCACCAUAGAGGAUAUCUCUGCUCAAGAAAGCAAUAUCUUAGGGGCCUUCUGUGAUAUGAAUGAUGUAGAAGUACCUUUGCACCUUCUCCGUUAUGUUUGUCUGUUUUGUGGAAAGAAUGGACUUUCUCUCAUGAAGGAUUGUUUUGAAUAUGGCACUCCCGAGACUCUUCCCUUUCAAAUUGCGCAUGCAUUCAUCACUGUUGUAUCAAAUAUCAGAAUAUGGCUGCACAUCCCUGCUGUUAUGCAACACAUCAUCCCAUUUAGGACCUAUGUCAUAAGGUAUUUAUGUAAAUUGUCAGACCAGGAGCUGCGGCAGAGUGCAGCGCGUAACAUGGCUGAUCUUAUGUGGAGUACAGUAAAAGAGCCUUUGGACACAGCUUUGUGCUUUGAUAAGGAGAGCCUUGAUUUGGCUUUCAAAUAUUUUAUGUCACCUACCUUAACAAUGAGACUUGCCGGACUAAGUCAGAUUACGAACCAACUGCACACAUUUAAUGAUGUCUGCAAUAACGAAUCUUUGGUUUCUGACACUGAAACAUCUAUAGCAAAAGAGCUUGCAGACUGGCUUAUCAGCAAUAAUGUAGUGGAACAUAUUUUUGGACCAAAUUUACAUAUAGAGAUUAUAAAGCAGUGCCAAGUUAUUCUAAACUUUUUGGCUGCAGAAGGUCGGCUAAGCACUCAACACAUUGACUGUAUUUGGGCAGCAGCACAGUUAAAACAUUGCAGCCGAUACAUACAUGACCUGUUUCCUUCAUUGAUCAAAAACUUGGAUCCAGUGCCUCUGAGACAUCUGCUCAACCUGGUAUCGGGUCUUCAUCCUAGCGCGCACACUGAGCAGACCUUAUACUUGGCAUCAAUGCUGAUCAAAGCUCUCUGGAAUAAUGCACUAGCCGCUAAAGCUCAGCUUUCUAAGCAGAGCUCAUUUGCAUCAUUGCUGAAUACUAAUUUACCAAUGGGGAAUAAGAAAGGUUCUCCAGCAACCAGCCCUCAGAGCAGUGACAACAGUGACACUCAUCACAGUGGAGGAAGUGACAUUGAAAUGGACGAACAAAUCCUAAAUAGAUCUAAACAUGUACAGCAGCGGCUGUCUGACACAGAGGAAUCUAUGCAAGGGAGUUCAGAUGAAACUGCUAACAGUGGAGAAGAUGCAAGUAGUGGACCUGGAAGUAGCAGUGGGCACAGUGAUGGGUCAAGCAAUGAAGUGAAUUCCAGCCAUGCAAGUCAGUCUGCUGGAAGCCCAGGCAGUGAGGUGCACUCUGAGGAUAUAGUUGAUAUGGAAGCAAUGAAAGAAGAUGAUGAAGAAGAUGAGCAUUCCAUUAACACAGCAAAAAACAGAGUUUCUGAACUUCAAAAAAGAAAGCUUGAAUCUCAAGCAGGCAUAUGUUUAGGAGAGUCACAGGGUCCAGUGGAGAGAAGCACGACAAGCAAUGGGUCAGGCAAGGACUUAGUGUUUAAUUCUGAAUCGGUUCAACCAGGCGACAGCCGAAUUCGUAUUUUGGAUUCCUGUUCACAUCCAGAAGAAUCUGAACAUGAUAUGGCAGGAGAAAUGAGCACUAGCCAUAUACAGGGCUCCAUUGAUACUUGCAUUGCUCGAUCUGGUGACUUCCUUGGAGAAGCCAUUGGAAAUGAACUUUUUAAUUGCAGGCGGUUUAUUGGACCUCAACAUCACCACCACCACCAUCAUCAUCAUCACCACCAUCAUCAUCAUCACCACCACCAUCACCACCACCACCAUGAAGGGCACAUGGUGGACGACAUGCUGAGUGCAGAUGAUGUCAGCUGCAGUAGCUCACAAGUCAGUGCAAAAUCAGAGAAAAACAUGGCAGACUUUGAUGGUGAGGAGUCUGGCUGCGAAGAAGAACUGGUACAGAUUAAUUCACACGCAGAGCUUACCUCUCAUCUCCAGCAGCACCUUCCCAACCUGGCUUCUAUUUACCAUGAGCAUCUGAGUCAAGGCCCUUCUGUACACAAGCACCAGUACAAUAGCAAUGCCAUGGUUGAUAUAAACUUGGAUAAUGUUUGUAAGAAAGGCAAUACACUGCUGUGGGACCUGGUCCAAGAUGAUGAUGCGAUUCACCUCUCUGAAGGCUUAAUAAAUGAAGCUGAAAAGCUGCUCUGUUCUCUGGUCUGCUGGUUUACUGACAGGCAGAUCAGAAUGCGGUUCAUUGAAGGCUGUUUGGAAAACCUUGCUAAUAAUAGAUCUGUUGUUGUAUCACUCCGACUUCUUCCCAAGUUAUUUGGAACCUUUCAACAGUUUGGAAGCAGUUAUGAUACCCACUGGAUAACAAUGUGGGCAGAAAAGGAACUGAACAUGAUGAAACUCUUUUUUGAUAACCUAGUACACUACAUUCAGUCUAUCAGAGAUGGACAGCACAAGCACGCUCUGUACAGCCACAGUGCUGAAGUUCAAGUUCGUCUGCAGUUUUUAACUUGUGUUUUUUCCACGUUGGGAUCGCCAGAUCAUUUCAGGCUAAGUUUAGAACAGGUAGACAUUCUUUGGCACUGCCUUGUGGAAGACACAGAGUGCUAUGAUGAUGCUCUCCACUGGUUUUUAAAUCAGGUCCGUAGCAAAGACCAGCAUGCCAUGGGAAUGGAGACUUACAAGCAUCUUUUUUUAGAGAAGAUGCCUCAGUUGAAACCUGAAACCAUUAGUAUGACCGGUUUAAACCUUUUUCAGCAUUUAUGCAACUUGGCUCGCCUUGCAACUAGUGCUUAUGAUGGGGGAUCAAAUUCUGAGUUGUGCGGCAUGGAUCAGUUUUGGGGAAUUGCUUUAAGGGCACAUACUGGAGAUGUCAGUCGUGCAGCAAUUCAGUAUAUCAACUCAUAUUACAUUAACGGCAAAACAGGAUUGGAGAAGGAGCAUGAAUUUAUUAGUAAAUGUAUGGAGAGCCUUAUGAUCGCUUCCAGUAACCUUGAGCAGGACUCUCAAUCGAGUCUCACUAUAAUUGAAAGGGGACUCCUAAUGCUAAAGACCCACCUUGAAGCAUUCAGACGAAGGUUUGCAUAUCAUCUAAGGCAGUGGCAAAUAGAAGGCACUGGCAUUAGCAGCCACUUGAAAGCAUUAAAUGACAAGCAGUCAUUACCGCUAAGAAUUGUGUGCCAGCCAGCAGGCCUUCCUGAUAAGAUGACUAUAGAAAUGUACCCAAGUGAUCAGGUGGCUGACUUGAGAGCGGAAGUGACUCAUUGGUACGAGAAUUUGCAAAAAGACCAAAUGAACCAGCAGGCACAACUCCAAGAGUUUGGACAAAGCAGUAGGAAAGGAGAUUUCCCUGGUGGUCUAAUGGGUCCAGUCCGAAUGAUUUCAUCUGGUCAUGAACUGACAACCGAUUAUGAUGAGAAGACCCUUCAUGAACUUGGCUUUAAGGAUAUGCAGAUGGUGUUUGUAUCUUUGGGUGCCCCACGCCGAGAGCGAAAAGGCGAAGGUGUUCAGCUGCCUGCAUCAUGCCUACCGCCACCUCAGAAAGAAAACAUCCCAAUGCUUCUGCUGCUUCAAGAACCUCAUCUUUCUACGCUCUUUGGCUUGUUGGAAAUGCUGGCUUCUUUUAAGCCUCCAUCUGGAGAAAUGGUUAUGGAAGAUGUUGAGCAUGCAAGGUGUGAAGAGCUGCAUCUCCAUGCAGAAAACCUAUCCAGGCGCGUCUGGGAGCUGCUCAUGCUGCUUCCUACCUGCCCCAACAUGCUGCAGGCUUUUCAGAAUGUAUCAGAUGAGCAGGGAAGUGAUGGACCUUGUUGGAAAGAUUUGCUUAGGAUAAAAAGUGCUCAUAAACUCCUAUAUGCUUUAGAAAUCAUCGAGGCUCUGGGAAAGCCAAACAGAAGAAUAAGGAGAGAAUCCACGGGUAGUUACAGUGACUUGUAUCCGGAUUCUGAUGAUUCAAGUGAAGAUCAAAUUGAGAACAGUAAAAACACAUGGAGCUGCAAGUUUGUGGCUGCAGGAGGUCUCCAACAACUGAUUGAGAUAUUCAAUUCAGGAAUUUUGGAACCUAAAGAACAGGAAUCCUGGACAGUAUGGCAGCUGGACUGUUUAGCAUGUUUGCUAAAGUUGAUCUGCCAGUUUGCUGUGGAUCCAACAGACUUGGAUCUGGCCUAUCAUGAUGUUUUUGCCUGGUCUGGUGUAGCAGAAAGCCACAGGAAAAGGGCUUGGCCUGGGAAAUCAAGGAAGUCUGCAGGAGAACAUCCAAAGGGCCUUCACAUACCACGUUUAACGGAGGUAUUUUUAGUCCUUGUCCAAGGAACCUGUUUGAUUCAGCGGUUAAUGUCUGUAGCUUAUACGUAUGACAAUAUAGCACCAAGAGUACUGAAAGCCCAGUCAGAUCACAGGUCCAGGCAUGAAGUAACACAUUAUUCAAUGUGGCUCCUGGUCAGCUGGGCUCACUGUUGUUCUGUGGUAAAAUCCAGCCUUGCCGACAGUGAUAAUUUGCAAGAUUGGCUCAAAAAAUUAACCCUUCUUAUUCCAGAGACUGCAGUUCGUCAUGAAGCGUGUAAUGGCUUGUACAAGCUUUCCCUGUCUGGUCUUGAUGGUGGGGACUCUAUAAAUCGCUCUUUCUUGCUUCUGGCAGCAUCCACCUUAUUAAAGUUUCUUCCUGAUGCCCAGGCUCUGAAACCAGUGCGGAUGGAGGACUAUGAGGAAGAAAUGAUUUUACGACCUGGAUGUAAAGAAUAUUUUUGGUUACUGUGUAAACUGAUUGAUAAUAUCCAUGUCAAAGAUGCCAGCCAGACAACACUACUUGAUUUAGAUGCCCUUGCACGACAUUUGGCCGACUGUAUAAGAAGCCGAGAGAUCUUUGACUACCAGGAUGGAAAUGUAGAAGAUGAUGGAAUGACUGGUCUUCUUAGGCUUGCAACCAGUGUUAUCAAACAUAAGCCUCCAUUUAAGUUUUCUAGAGAGGGUCAGGAGUUUCUCAGAGAUGUUUUUAAUCUCCUUUUCUUGCUGCCAAGCCUGAAAGACAAAUUGCAGCCAAAAUGUAAAUCUCAUUCUUCCCGAGCUGCUGCUUAUGACCUCCUAGUGGAAAUGGUGAAAGGCUCAGUGGAGAACUACAGGCUGUUACACAACUGGGUAAUGGCGCAACACAUGCAGUCUUCCCACGCCCCUUAUAAAUGGGAUUAUUGGCCCCAUGAUGAUGUGCGAGCUGAAUGCCGGUUUGUUGGCCUGACUAACCUUGGGGCAACAUGCUAUCUGGCUUCUACCAUUCAGCAGCUCUACAUGAUCCCUGAGGCCAGGCAAGCCAUCUUUACUGCAAAGUAUUCAGAGGAUAUGAAGCAUAAAACAACUUUGCUGGAGCUCCAAAAAAUGUUUACAUAUUUAAUGGAAAGUGAAUGCAAAGCUUACAAUCCAAGGCCGUUCUGUAAGACAUACACAAUGGAUAAACAACCUCUUAAUACAGGGGAACAGAAGGACAUGACAGAGUUCUUUACAGAUCUUAUAACAAAAAUUGAAGAAAUGUCUCCUGAACUGAAAAAUACUGUCAAAAGCUUAUUUGGGGGUGUCAUCACAAAUAAUGUGGUGUCCUUGGAUUGUGAGCAUGUAAGUCAGACAGCUGAAGAGUUUUACACAGUCAGGUGCCAGGUAGCGGAUAUGAAGAACAUUUAUGAAUCUUUGGAUGAAGUCACUAUCAAGGACACUCUGGAAGGUGACAACAUGUACACUUGCUCUCACUGCGGCAAGAAGGUGCGAGCUGAAAAGAGAGCCUGCUUUAAGAAGCUGCCAAGAAUAUUAAGCUUUAAUACAAUGAGGUAUACAUUUAAUAUGGUCACCAUGAUGAAAGAAAAAGUCAACACGCACUUCUCUUUCCCACUUCGGCUGGAUAUGACCCCAUAUACUGAAGAUUUUCUGAUGGGGAAGAAUGACCGAAUAGAAGGCUUUAAAGAAGAUUGUGAAGAGCCAAAGCAGACAGAGAGUUAUGAGUAUGAUUUAAUAGGGGUCACUGUUCACACCGGAACGGCUGAUGGAGGGCACUACUAUAGCUUCAUCCGAGACAUAGUGAAUCCUCAUGCUUAUAAGAAUAAUAAGUGGUAUCUCUUCAACGAUGCAGAAGUGAAGCCUUUUGACUCUGCUCAGCUGGCAUCUGAGUGUUUUGGUGGUGAAAUGACAACAAAAACUUAUGACUCUGUAACUGACAAGUUUAUGGACUUCUCAUUUGAAAAGACCCACAGUGCAUAUAUGCUAUUCUACAAGAGGGUGGAGCCAGAAGAGGAAACUGGAAGGGAAUUCAAAUUUGAUGUCUCCUCAGAGCUUCUAGAGUGGAUCUGGCAUGAUAACAUGCAGUUUCUGCAGGAUAAGAAUAUUUUUGAGCAUACCUAUUUUGGGUUUAUGUGGCAGCUCUGCAGCAGCAUUCCAAGUACAUUACCGGACCCCAAAGCAGUUUCUCUAAUGACAGCAAAGCUUAGUACAUCAUUUGUCCUGGAGACUUUUAUCCAUUCAAAGGAGAAGCCCACAAUGCUCCAGUGGAUUGAGCUGCUAACUAAGCAGUUUAACAACAGCCAAGCAGCUUGUGAGUGGUUCUUGGAUCGCAUGGCAGAUGAUGAUUGGUGGCCUAUGCAGAUUUUGAUCAAAUGUCCAAAUCAGAUUGUCAGACAGAUGUUCCAGCGUCUUUGUAUUCAUGUCAUUCAGAGGUUGAGACCAGUACAUGCGCAUCUGUAUCUGCAGCCAGGCAUGGAAGAUGGUUCUGAUGACAUGGAUGGUCCCGUGGAAGAUAUAGGCAGCCGCUCCUGUGUCACUCGCUUUGUGAAGACAUUGCUGUCAAUUAUGGAACAUGGCGUGAAACCUCAUAGUAAACAUCUGACGGAGUACUUUGCCUUUCUAUAUGAGUUUGUCAAAAUGGGAGAAGAAGAGAGCCAGUUCCUGCUGUCCCUCCAAGCAAUCUCAACCAUGGUACAUUUUUAUAUGGGAACCAAAGGACCAGAAAAUCCCCAGGUUGAAGUGCUUUCUGAAGAGGAGGAAGGUGAAGAGGAGGAAGAAGAAGAUAUUCUAUCAUUAGCUGAAGAAAAGUAUCGACCAGCUGCUCUUGAAAAGAUGAUUGCUCUGAUAGCUUUCCUGGUUGAGCAGUCUCGCUCAGAAAGGCAUCUUACAUUGUCCCAGAAUGAUAUGGCUGCACUAACUGGCGGAAAGGGCUUUCCGUUUCUUUUCCAACACAUACGAGAUGGGAUUAACAUCAGACAAACUUGCAAUCUCAUUUUCAGCCUUUGUAGAUAUAAUAAUCGUCUUGCAGAGCAUAUUGCAUCUAUGCUGUUUACGUCAAUUGCAAAGCUGACACCUGAGGCUGCAAACCCUUUCUUUAAGCUGCUAACCAUGAUCAUGGAGUUUGCUGGAGGUCCCCCUGGGAUGCCACCUUUUGCUUCCUACAUUUUACAAAGGAUAUGGGAGGUUAUAGAAUACAACCCUUCUCAAUGUCUGGAUUGGCUGGCAGUGCAGACUCCUCGCAACAAGUUGGCACACAACUGGGUAUUACAGAACAUGGAGAACUGGGUGGAGCGGUUCUUACUUGCCCACAACUAUCCCAGAGUUAGAACCUCUGCAGCCUACCUGUUGGUGUCACUAAUUCCAAGCAACUCGUUCCGACAGAUGUUCCGAUCUACCCGUUCCCUUCACAUUCCCACAAGAGAUUUACCCCUUAGUCCAGACACAACUGUGGUACUUCACCAAGUAUACAAUGCCCUUCUAGGCCUUCUUUCAAGAGCGAAACUGUAUGUUGAUGCUGCUGCACAUGGUACAACAAAGUUGGUUCCUUACUUUAGCUUCAUGACUUAUUGCUUGAUCUCGAAAACGGAAAAGCUCAUGUUUUCCACAUAUUUUAUGGACCUGUGGAAUCUUUUCCAACCCAAGCUGUCUGAGCCAGCUAUUGCUACAAACCACAACAAGCAAGCCUUGCUCUCCUUCUGGUACAACGUCUGCGUGGACUGCCCCGAAAAUGUACGCCUUAUUGUUCAGAAUCCCGUGGUGACUAAAAAUAUCGCCUUUAACUAUAUUCUGGCUGACCACGAUGACCAGGAUGUAGUACUGUUUAACCGCGGGAUGCUGCCAGCUUACUAUGGCAUUCUUCGGAUGUGCUGCGAGCAGUCUCCUGCCUUUACCCGUCAGCUUGCCUCACACCAGAACAUUCAGUGGGCCUUUAAAAACCUCACCCCGCAUGCCAGCCAGUACCCAGCGGCUGUGGAAGAGCUUUUUAACCUCAUGCAGCUCUUUGUAGCUCAGAGGCCAGAUAUGAGAGAGGAAGAACUGGAAGAUAUAAAACAGUUUAAGAAAACUACUAUCAGCUGCUAUUUGCGUUGUUUAGAUGGGCGUUCCUGCUGGACAACUUUAAUAAGUGCCUUUAGAAUAUUGCUGGAAUCUGAUGAAGACAGAUUGCUUGUUGUAUUUAACAGAGGAUUAAUCUUAAUGACAGAGUCCUUUAACACCUUGCACAUGAUGUAUCACGAGGCUACAGCCUGUCAUGUAACUGGAGACUUGGUGGAACUUUUGUCUAUAUUUCUGUCUGUCCUUAAAUCUACCCGCCCCUACCUGCAGAGAAAAGACGUUAAACAGGCCUUGAUUCAGUGGCAAGAAAGAAUCGAAUUUGCACACAAGCUCCUAACAUUGUUAAAUUCCUACAGUCCCCCAGAACUAAGAAAUGCCUGCAUAGAUGUGCUGAAAGAACUUGUACUGCUGAGCCCUCAUGAUUUUUUGCACACUCUGGUCCCAUUUCUACAGCACAAUCAUUGUACAUACCAUCACAGUAACAUCCCAAUGUCGCUUGGUCCCUACUUCCCCUGUCGUGAGAACAUGAAACUAAUUGGAGCAAAAAGCAAUAUCCGUCCACCUCGUCCUGAGCUGAACAUGUGCCUCUUGCCCACAAUGGUUGAAUCCAAUAAGGGUAAAGAUGAUGUAUAUGAUCGCAUGCUGCUAGAUUACCUUUCUUCCUACCAUCAGUUUAUUCAUCUGCUCUGCCGCGUUGCCAUCAACUGCGAAAAGUUUACAGAAACUCUAAUUAAGCUAAGUGUCUUAAUUGCAUAUGAAGGACUCUCCCUGCAUCUUGCAUUAUUUCCCAAGCUCUGGACGGAGCUGUGCCAAACUCAGUCGGCAAUGGCUAAAAGCUGCACAAAACUGCUGUGUGAAGAUCCAGUUUUUGCCGAGUAUAUUAAAUGCAUUUUAAUGGAUGAAAGACUUUUCCUCAAUAACAGCAUCGUCUACACAUUCUUAACCCAUUUCCUUGGAAAGGUUCAAAGUCAAGUGUUCUCCGAAACGAACUGCGCAAACCUUAUGAAUACAAUAAUUACAAACCUCAUCAAUCAGUAUCAAAACGUCGAAUCAGAUUUCGGCAACAGAGUUGAUAUUUCCAAAGCAAGCAGCACUUUAAAUGGGGAUCUUCGAGCACUCGCUCUGCUCCUUUCGGUCCACACUCCCAAACAGCUUAACACAGCCUUAAUCCCGACUCUGCAAGAACUCCUGAGCAAAUGCAGAGCCUGUCAGCAACAGAGAAACUCAUUACAAGAGCAAGAAGCCAAAGAAGGUAAAACUAAAGAUGAUGAAGGUGCUACUCCAGUGAAAAGGAGACGGGUUAGCAGCGAUGAGGAGCAUAUGGUCGAUAGCUGCAUCAGUGAUCUUAAGAACGACCGAGAAGUUUCCACCCCAACAAGCACAUCAGACAACGAAACAAGGGACUCUUCCAUCAUUGAUCCAGGAACUGAGCAAGAUCCACCUUCCCCUGAAAAUAGCUCUUCUAAGGAAUUCAGAAUAGAAGUCUCCUCUUCCUUCUCAGAAGAUCUAAUGCUGUCUUCAAGGCCGCAGCAAGUGGAAGACCAAACUGGCAGCAGCAGUAAAUUUGAAGAUAGCAAGGAAAUGAAGGACCUUCAGAGUCCCAAGGACGCUACGGUGACUGACGAAGACAAUGAGCUUCCUUCCACCUCCAUUUCCGCAGUGCUGGCUGACUUAGCAGAUCUGAGGAGCUGUGAUGCUCAAACGUUGUCCUCUAACGAUCCAGAUCUAAGCCUUUCUCUCAAUUGUGACCAUUCCAGGGGACUUUUUAGUCAUGUACAACAAAACGACAUUUUAGACACCUUGUGCAGGACCAUUGAGUCCACUAUUCUUGUGGUCUCAAGGAUAUCAGGAAAAGAAAACAAAGCUGCUUCUUGACAUUAGUGGUAGCAUGUCUGCUUUUAAGUCUUUUUUUGUUUUUCUUUUUGGUUUUAUUUUCUUUGUUUUUUUUUUUUAAAGCUGUUUGUAUACAAGUUUUGCAAUUUAUUUCUGUUUUGUGCUUCAGUUUGUCAAGUGCUUUCUGCUUGAAUGGCAAGAUAAAUUGACACGCUUUAUUCUCAAGCAGAACCCCAGAAACCAGACCUGCAUCUACAGUACUAUUUGUAAAGGGCAAUCAUAAUGGAUAUGUUUUAUGUAAUUCAGGUUUACUGUAGUGGCUUUCAUUUAAUAUGGCCGCCUGGAAAUGGGGGGGAUCGAGCCCCCCCUUGCCCAACAUGAUGUAAUUUAAACUUGUCCUUUUUACCGUGUAUAAUAUAGUGUCCUCUGUGCCAGUUUUGUACCUUAUAAUAGAGGCAGAUUGCCUCAGAUCGCUGUGGUUCUUAUUAUCAAAAUUAAGUUUACUUGUACUAAACCACAAGAAAUUUGAUUCUGUAAAGAAUCCUCUCUAGCUGUGGCCUGGCAGUAUAUAUGGUGCUUUAUUUAACAGAAUACCUGUGGAGGAAAUAAAGCACACUUGAUGUAAAAAAGAAAAAAAAACUAAAAAUAAUAAUUGUUUUAUUUUAUUGACAUGAUUGAACGCUAUUCUGUGCACUUCAUUAAACUAAUUGUGAUGACUUUUCA